AAAUGAGUCGUGCUGUAGUGACAAAGGUUUGUGUUGUUCCAUGUCUGAAGGUUAUAUGAAUACUCUUCGAGAAUGCUGUCAAACAUUCACCUCACAUUAGAUAUUAACCGCAUGCUGAGAUGCUGUAAUAACACGUUCUAGAUUGUCAACGGGUCAAGUCACAAUGGAAAGAAAGAAGACGUGAGGAUGGAAUUUGCAUCUCAGAUAUAAGGAGAGACUGGUGAUGCAGAAUGCAGGAUUUCAGGCAGACGUACCUGGGCAUGUGUAAGGAGGGAGGUGUGACGCCCCAGGAGAGUGUUGUAGCUCAGAUCCAGGAGAGCAGGGCUGCUCACAGCUCCAGAUUGGACCUGAGUGGACAAUGCCUGUCUUUGGAUACGUGCUCUGUGCUGGCCAGGGCCUUCCAAAAUGAUAUCACCUUGACAGAUGUGUCGCUAAGUGAUUGCAUGCUCAGUGAGGAAGGUGCAAAAGUACUCUUGACUGGACUGUGUGGCAACACAACUUUGAAAAUCCUGGAUUUGAAGGGAAAUAAUCUGAAAUCAGCAGGGGUGGAGGUGUUGGGAACGUUAUUGGCAUGCAACAAGACCCUGCGCAGGCUUGUGUUGGAGUGGAAUGCGUUGGGGGUGUGGGAUGAGGCCUUCUUAUCCUUUUGUCAGGGUUUGGCCUCCAACAGCAUGCUGACGCAGCUGGACUUGCGCAACAAUCAGAUCAACCACCACGGAGCAUCUGAGCUUGCUCUGGCUCUCAAACACAACACCACACUGGAAGUCUUAGACCUGAGAUGGAACAACAUUGGUCUGCUGGGUGGCAGAAUUUUGCUAGAGGCCUUGCAGAAAAACAAGAGGAUCGUUCAGCUGGAGAUGGCAGGGAACAAUAUUCCCAGUGACACACUCAAAGCACUCGAGCGGACGACUGGGGACAACUCAGACAGAAAGUCCACUCUGAGAGAGAACCACAGGAAGACCCAGGUCCUCAGCAAAGAGAUCCAGAAUCUGAAAGACAAGAAGAGCCAUCAGGUCCUGAGUCUAAUGGAAACUAUAGACAGCCAGCAGGAGGAGAUAAGAUGUUCUAAAAGAUUCACUUCCAUUCAGAUAGGUCAACUCCAGGAAGCUCUGAAUGAGAGGAAGUCAGCUGUCAUCUCUAUCACUGCCAAACUGCAGAUGACAGAGGAGGCCCUCACUCUCUCUGAGCAGAAAAAUGUCAACAUGGUAGAACUGCUGACUCAAGUGAAGGUUGAGAAAGAAGAACAGAUGGAGAGACAGAGUAGAGAGAGAAAGAAAGAACAAGAGGACUGUGUAUCGAGAGAGGGAAAACUAUUUAGAGAGAUCCAAAACCUCUCAGAAACCAACAGCCAACUCAGGAAUAAAGUUGAGGAAAUGGAGAGAUGGUGUAAGUCACAACAACACCAGAUUUUUGAGCUUAAGCAGGAACUGACCAACAGUACAGCUGAGCUCAAUCUACGACUAGCCCAGGCAGAAGAUCGUCUGGAAACAGACAAACGCAGGUCCAAGCAAGCCCUGAGGGACAUGGACUGUCUCCGACAGAAAGAGGUGGAGCAUGUGAAUUGUAAUCUAGAGGAGAGUGAGAGAGCUCUGCAAGAACACAUCCUCAAACUGGAGGGACAACGGAUACAACUAAAAGAGCAGGAGCAUGUGUCAUCUUUAAAGGAAAAGCUUCGUUCGGUGCAUUCCUCCCUACAGGAGGUCCAGCUCCACUGCUCCCAGCAGAAGCAAACAAUUUCUGAGAUUAAGGCCAAGACCAACCAUCAGAGCAUCGAGGUGGACGGACUUCGGCGCAGGAUAGGGGAGCUCCAGCAGGAGCUUUUAGGUAAGGACCAGGAGAAGGUUGCUGAGGUGAGCCAGGUCAGGUUGGAGCUGCAAGAGCAAAUUGGACAUUUACAGGCAGAGAGGACACUACAAAGAGGACUCAAAGAGAAGAUCUGUGCUCUGGAGAGAGAGAAUAAAGUUUUAAGCAGUAACCACAGAGAGCUGCUCCUUGACAAAGAGAGUGAGAUGUCUUCCAUGUUGGAGAAGCUGCGGUUGAAGGAGGCAGAUAUCCGGAGGAUGAGGGAGGACGAGUCAAACAGAGCCAGCUACCUGCAGAGGGCCUUCCUCACCUAUGUUCAGGGCUCACCUCUGGGACACUGCAGCAGCCCCAAGAAAUAACAACAGUACUCAACACCUCAACUAUUUCCUCUAAGCCCUCACUGGGAUCCUGCUCAAGUCUAGGGGAGUUUGUUAAAUAAAAAAUCACAAUUUCCAGAAUUUGCUAAGUUUAAAUAGUGGUGGUUUGCGUUAUGAUCAGGUUUCCACUAGGCCGGGCAUAACACUGAGUGAGAGGCUCCUCAGUUUCUGCUGACUUCCCCACCUUGCCUUUUAUAAAGUCCGUUAGAAAGGAGAUCUCCUGCUGAGUUCACAGUGAGCGAGUCGGGGCAUAAUGAUUUUUUCUUUUAUUUUGUCCAUAAUUUAUAUUUAUCUAUCUAUGAUUUGUUUGUAGUCACUUAUAGUAAAAGCUGUGCUCAGUGGCUUCACUAAAAAUAACUCAGUCAAGAUAUGUAGAUAGAUGAUCAGACAGGGUGGAGACAGGUUUAUACAGAUGUUCUAAACCCCCUUAAGUGUAAACGUCCACAUCAGAAAUAUCAUUAAUAAUCCUUCAUUGUAAAAUUUAAAGCAGAUGCUGAGUCUAUGAAAAUGUGAUUGAUAUUUACAAAAAACAACGAGCAUUAGAUAAAAAGUCAGUGGAUCACCACACUGAUUACAAUUCGUGUUGAGGAAACAUGAAUAUGUGUAACUAAUUUCAGAAUAAUCUAUCCCACAGCUGUUGAGACAUUUCACUCAAAACCAUGCAACUCAUUGCACCAGCUGAAGAGUCAGUGGAUUACUAACAGAGUCAUCAAGGUGCACCUUUAAUAAAUCAUGACAGUGUACUAAAUAUAGCAAUCCGUUGGAACUUUACAUAUUUCAGUCUGAACCAAAAUGGUCGACAGAAUAACAGAUUGACAACAGUCUUUGGAGCUAUAGAGCUAGCUGGGCCAAAGAGUGCCAGCCUUACAUCCAUGACAUCCUGGAGAUUCUCAAAAACUUGGAACCUGUUCUUUGUUUCUCCCAGUCUCAGAAUUAUUUGAGAGACAACCUUCAAACAGAGUUAUGGGUUAAAGGUUAAGUGUGUACAAGUAAGGUGUAAGAGAUCUAUGGGCAGAAAUAAAAUCCUAAUGAUGUUUUCCCUGGUGUGUAAUCAUCUAAAGCAUAUGGUUGAUGUUUUCUUUACCGUAGAAUGGGCCCACCUUAUAUAGCCGGAGGCCGCCAGAUUUUUCACAGAAGCCCAAACUGGAAGAACGAAACACCAUUUAAGUUUUUAUAUCAACUGAAUGCCAUCUCCAUUUCUCUGUCAUGUUUGGAAGGGGAUGGUGAGGUGAGGGGUAUUCAGCUGCAAUAUGCACCUUCACCACUAGAUAUCACUACAUUUUACACGAUGAACUUUUAAGUGUGCCUUAACAUUGCAUCAGUCAAACCAGACAGCUGACUGCUUUAGGUUCAGAUGCUGGAAGCAGGUUAAGACAGUUUUUUUUACAAAUUUUCAGAUGUGUGACAGAUAUUGUAUUAGAGUGUUUGUUUUUAGAAUUUGUUUUGUUUUGAUUAGACUUUUUUUAUAUUAGUCAAAUGUGGUCAUUUCUGUGGGAAAAAGUUGUAUGGUGAUAUUUCUUAAUGUGUGAAUGUUUCAGUGGUUGAUCUUAAUUGUUCUAUUAUUCUACUCUAUACAACAGUUUUUUGAUGAGUGGGUCUGUCGCUUGGGGAUACAUGAGGUCAGCACAAGAUCUUUCAUUUUCAAGGUAGUUCAAACUGAUUUAAAUUCCAUCAGUUCCUUCUGUUAUUCCUGCAAUUUUUAGGUUCUGAAAAGCACUGAUCAAGACUGCACAAUACUGCCUCUCUGUCUGGCUCAUCUGAAUUAGAAAUUAAGUCCCUCAACGUAGACACUACAGUGUACUAUUGAUAUUACAGAUAUAAUGUAAUAUACAGAAUAUAUAGUGGCAUAUAAAGUAAUGUGUGACGAUGGUCAAAAUUUCCUCAACACUACCCAUGCACUGUUUACCCCUCUAAAGACACUUUACCCACCCCUCCAUCGGCAUAGUGGUGAGUAGAUAAUGAGUGAAUAAAAACUUUCGGUGAACCACCCUA